AUGGAAGAACCGAAUUCACAGCACUCCUGUACUUGGCGUAGUUUUUUACACUUUUGGGCAGCCUAUGUACCAUGUGAGUCUCAACAUCUCAACGCGGUUCAAUUGACUCUCGAACAGGUGGAUCUUAUCAAAAGGCUCAUAGAGAAGUACUCCCAGCACAUGCAAUUCGCUGCGUCUUCCAUGGAAAUUCUGGAGGCCCAUAGUAAAGGUAGAAUAGCUUCUUUAAUUGGUGUAGAGGGUGGUCAUAGUCUAGGAAGUAGUUUAGCUGUUUUGAGGACACUUUAUCAAUUGGGAGUGCGAUAUCUUACACUCACACAUACCUGCAACACUCCUUGGGCAAAAAGUUCAUCGGUUGAACAGGACGAUGACAGUUCUGGCGGUGGUCUCACAAGCUUCGGCAAGACUGUUGUUCGGGAAAUGAAUAGACUGGGUAUGCUGAUUGACUUAAGUCAUACAGCACGUACCACCAUGAGAGACGCUCUUCGGGCAAGCAGAGCUCCCCUGAUAUUCUCUCAUUCAUCUGCGUUCGCCGUUUGCAAUUCAUCUAGAAAUGUACCCGAUGAAAUUCUCAGACAGUUGGCAUCAAAUGGGGGACUAGUGAUGGUUACAUUUUACAAUUACUUCGUAAAAUGCGGAGCCCAAGCUACUGUGUCAGAUGUCGCUGAACACAUACACUACAUUAGAAGCCUGAUUGGCGUGGAGCAUAUUGGAGUUGGUGGUGAUUUUGAUGGAAUCAACAAAUUUCCGAUUCUCGGUAUUUCCCUCGGUAGGCCUCCAAGACCUCGAUUAUUGGGUGGAUCGCUCUGCUGAGAGGGCUACGCGCUUCGGCAUUGGUCCGCAGUUCAGGCAUAGCAGGGCGCCGACGCCUUUGGUUGCCACGGUCCUGACGGGCCUUCCAGGGUCUUGCUGAAGGAUGGGACGGGGCGGGGAGGACCCACUGGUGCACAGACCAACUGGGCACAAAUGACUUUUUACUCCAAAUUCUGUACACUUUUAAAU